AUAGAUGAAAUACUACCACCAUCAUCAGAAUUGUCUUUUGACGCGAUUGAGGGCACCUCAGAGUAUUCAAGUCACAACAAUGAUGUCGAAACACCACCACCCCCUAGUCCAGUCAGCUCAUCAUAUAGUGAACUAAGACGGGCGACGGAUGUAUUCAAACAGCCAUAUAUAAAUUGUUGUACAAAAUCGCAUGAAACAAAUAUUAGUUGCAACGAUAGUGGGAGCAACAACAAAGGUUUAAGGGGAUUUCAACCUCAAACGUAUAUAAAUGUGAGCUGUAAUAAUGAAUUCAAAAUUUAUUGUGCGACAAUGCAGGGUUCCACAACAUAUGAGUCCAUAUAUGAACCAAUAAUACCACGUCCAGCUAGUCAACUUUCAUCGCAUGCUAACUACUUGAACUACGUACCAUACGUUAACGGACCACAAUUAGAUACAAGUGAAAGUGGAGGAAACGUAUCUACCAUUGGAUCCAUUAGCACUAUCGGUUGCAACACACCGUCAUAUCCAAGUGUAGACGCUGUCGCUGCUAACGCUAACUCAAAAAGCUCAUGUCAACAAAAAGAGGUAGAGGUUGAAGCACUGACUGACUUUUUGGUGCAUUCCCUUGAUACGGGAAAUGGUGUUGAGAAUUAUGGCACAUGUUUUAAAUGCAAUGAACGCGUUGUGGGGGAAAACUCUGGUUGUACUGCUAUGGAACAAAUUUAUCACAUCGCAUGCUUUACGUGUACGCAAUGUAAAAUAAAUUUACAGGGUAAACCAUUUUACGCAUUAGAUGGAAAGCCGUUAUGUGAAUACGAUUACCUGCAAACUUUGGAAAAAUGUUCUGUGUGUUUGAAGCCUAUAUUGGAACGUAUCCUCCGGGCCACUGGCAAGCCAUAUCACCCGCAAUGUUUUACCUGUAUUAUUUGUGGACACAGUCUUGAUGGCAUACCAUUCACUGUGGAUGCUACGAACCAAAAUUAUUGUAUUUCCGACUUUCACAAAAAAUUCGCGCCACGCUGCUGCGUAUGUUUGGAACCAAUAAUGCCAGAAACCGGUGAAGAAGAAACUGUACGUGUCGUAGCGUUAGAUCGCAGUUUUCACUUCGGAUGUUAUAAAUGUGAAGACUGUGGUUUGUUGUUAUCGUCAGAAGCCGAGGGUCGUGGAUGCUAUCCUCUGGACGGACAUGUACUCUGUAAAAGUUGUAAUGCAAAACGUGUGCAAAUGCUAACAAGUCGCAUGGCAACAGAGUUAUAAACAAACUUAUUACUGUGACAUAUUAUGAAUAUUAUGUAUAAUUUCUACACUCGUAUGUAAAAUUAAAAUAAAUAAAAGUUCGUUUGGUUUGCUGACUUUUUAAAACCA